AUGCCGCUCACUACGUUUCCCCCGCGGGGGAUCCUCGGUCACGGUCCGAAGAUAACAACCACCAAGCUGACCUCGGCACGAUGGGUUGGAUCGAUCCCACGGCUCCAAGCCCAGUUUGCCGACAUCAGCCCGGCCCUCGACAGCAGCGCCCGCACUCUCCCACCCCCAACAUUCAGCUCGAUCCCCUUCCGCGGGGCAGCCCCCCCGCCGGUGCGGCCGGUGGUGUCGGCGUACCCGCAAAACCGCGACGAGUUCUGGCGCAAGGUGCCGCUGUGGGGGAAUAUCUCGGCCAAAGAGUUCCUCUCACACAGCUGGAGUCUCUUCAAGUUCUUGGAGACGACUCUCCCCGAAGAAGUGCCGUAUGACAAGUCCGGCACACGGAUGCAAACCCGCGACGAGUUCAUCCAGGAUGUCUUCGAGGGCAUCACGGCCGCCACCAUGGCCGUCCGGAUGACCCCCUACAUCCUCAGCCGAAUCAACUGGCACAACCCGCGGCACGACCCGAUCGCGCGGCAGUUCCUCCCGCUCAAGUCGCGCAUGAUCCCCGACCACCCCAAGCUGACGCUCGACUCGCUGCACGAGGAGGCCGACUCGCCCGUCAAAGGCCUCGUCCACCGGUACCCAGACAAGGCUCUCUUCCUCCCCACCUCCGUCUGCCCGACCUACUGCACCUUCUGCACGCGCUCCUACGCCGUGGGCGCCGACACGGCCACCGUGUCCAAAGCCUCGCUCAAGCCGGGCCGCCGCCGCUGGGACGAAGCCCUCGCCUACAUCGCCAGCCAGCCGCAACUACAAGACAUUGUCGUCUCCGGCGGCGACGCAUACUACCUGCAGGCGGAGCAGCUCGAGCAGCUGGGGGAGCGGCUGAUCGCGAUCCCCCACAUCCGACGGUUCCGCUUCGCGUCCAAGGGCCUGGCGGUGGCGCCGGGUCGUGUGUUGGAUCGUAGUGGGGAUGGCUGGACCGACGCGCUGGUGCGGGUGUCGGACCGCGCGAGGCGCGCGGGCAAGGCGGUGGCCUGGCAUACGCAUUUUAAUCAUCCGUCGGAGAUCUCGUGGGUUACCGAGGCGGCGGCCCAGCGGUUGUUUGAGGAGGGGGUGAUGGUGAGGAAUCAGUCGGUGUUGUUGAGGGGGGUGAAUGAUGAUGUGGAGACGAUGGGGGCGUUGAUCAGGGGGUUGGCGAAUAAUAAUAUCUUUCCGUACUACGUCUACCAGUGCGACAUGGUCAAGAGCGUCGAGCAUCUGCGUACGCCGCUACGGACCAUCCUUGACCUGGAGGCCAAGCUCCGCGGAUCGAUUGCGGGCUUUAUGAUGCCGUCGUUCGUGGUCGACCUGCCAGGGGGCGGCGGAAAGCGGCUGGCGUGUUCUUAUGAGUCGUAUGACCGCGCCACGGGCAUCUCGAGGUACACGGCUCCCGCGGUCACGGGGCGUGACAAGGAGAACAAGGUGUACGAGUACUACGACCCGGUCAACUCGCUGCCGGGGAAUACGGCAUCAUGA